AAGCCGGCAGAAAUCUCACUGAUUCUGUUUGGAAAAAAAGCAACUCUUACAAAGAGCAAAGCUGUGCAAGCCUUUGCAGUUCAGUUUGAGAGAAAGCCCGAAGUGUAUCACCUACCAAAAGGGGUGUCCUCCCAGAAGGAUCACUGCACUUUCAGGACAAAAUAAAAGCCUAAUGUUGGAGUAAAACACAAGUCUAAUGUUUGCUGUCAUUAUAGCAGCAAUUGAAUAAUGAUCUUAAAGGCCUGUCUCAUGCAAUGUGCGCAUGUGUCUCAUCCAGCAGUUCUGGGGCCAGGAGGAAGAAGCGUUUCCUGCUGAAUUCUGCAGUCAGGCCUGUCUCCUCUCUUGCCCUGCUUUGUGAGUCUGGUGAGGGAAGACAGAGAUAUUGAUGGUAAAUAGGGAAAAUGGACGAAAGCUGACAGAGAGCAAUGACUGAGAUUUAUUUUAAAUUCAGUGGAAACCUGACUGGCCGUGUCCAUCUCCCAACUCUGGCUACAGAAGUAGACACAACAGCAGAUAAAUAUUCCAGCCUGUACGUGUACGUGGGGUUGUUCUUAACACUGCUGUCCAUUCUUCUCCUCUUGCUUUUCACCAUGCUGCUGCGCCUCAAGCACGUGAUUUCCCCAAUCAGCACAUCUCCAGAGAGCACCGAGAAUGCCCAGCAGUUCACGGAYGUGGAAAUGAACAGCAGGAUUCCCAGCACUUAGAGGCCUCGGAGUAAAGAGAGUUCUGGCCUUGUGAAGCAUGUAUUGUUCAGCAAAAUGGGGCUGGAAAAGAUCUUUCCUGGCUUGCUGAGACCUACAACUUAUUGCACCACUGUCAACAGCAGCACAGAGUGUCUGGAGAYUGUCAGGCAACUGAGACACUGGCUGACUGGGACGCAGCAGCUGUUGACACUACAGGCAACAUGUGUGCAACACCCUCAAUAAAAAUUAUAUUGUGGCAACCCACUGCUGUCAGGGAAGACUCAUAUCCCUCUAAAAGC